AUCAUGGGGAAGUCGUUCGCCAACUUCAUGUGCAAGAAAGACUUCCACCCGGCCUCCAAGUCCAAUAUCAAGAAGGUAUGGAUGGCAGAACAGAAGAUAUCUUACGACAAGAAGAAACAGGAAGAGUUAAUGCAACAGUACCUUAAAGAGCAGGAAUCUUAUGACAACAGAUUGCUUAUGGGUGAUGAACGUGUGAAGAAUGGUCUAAAUUUUAUGUAUGAGGCACCACCAGGAGCCAAGAAGGAAGAGACCAAAGAGCAAGAGGGAGAAACAGAGUACAAAUUUGAAUGGCAAAAAGUAGCUCCACGUGAAAAAUAUGCUAAGGAUGACAUGAACAUUAGAGAUCAGCCAUUUGGUAUCCAGGUGCGGAAUGUGAGAUGCAUUAAAUGUCACAAGUGGGGCCAUGUAAAUACAGAUCGAGAAUGCCCCUUAUUUGGUCUCUCUGGGAUUAAUGCCAGCUCUGUUUCCAAUGAUGGAUCAGGGCCGUCAAUGCACCCCUCGGAGCUAAUAGCGGAGAUGAGAAACAGUGGGUUUGCUCUGAAACAAAAUGUGCUGGGGAGAAACUUGACCGCAAAUGAUCCAUCACAGGAAUUUGUUGCAAGUGAAGGAGAAGAUGACCCAGAAGUGGAAUUUUUAAAAUCCUUGACUACUAAGCAAAAACAAAAACUUUUGAGGAAACUGGACCGCCUGGAGAAAAAGAAGAAGAAUAAAAAGAAAGAUCGUAAGAAGAAAAAGCAGCAGAAGAGAAAAAGCAAAAGUAAACACAGGAAACAUAAGAGCAGUUCCUCUUCCACAUCCUCCAGUGAGUCUUCAGUAAGCAGCAGCAGUGGAGAGACUGACAGGCCAGAUAAAGCGGCACAAAAGAAGAUGGAUUCUAAGGCAAGAAGAAAAGGCAAGUUUUCAGAGGCGAGCAGCAGCAAUUCUGAAGGGGAGGCGAAGACGAAGGGGAAACUUUACGGAGAGCGCUCCAGCAGUCAUGGUAACAAGGACAAAGGUAGGGAGAAGUAUAGACUUUUAAAGCAAGACAGUUCUGGGGAGAACAACAAACGGAGCUCCCGGGAGAGCAAAAGAGAGCCCGCGAGCAGAAACGAGGAUGGCACAGACAAGAGAAGGGAAUCCGAAAGUCACAGGAGCGCCAGCAAAAGCCGGGAGGAGAGAAGCGGGAGAGGUUCCCGCGCAAGGCACAGAAGCCGCAGCCCCCCACCAAAGUGGCACAGGGGGAACAAAACCGAAAGCCACCCCUCGGGCCUUUCCAGGGAGCAACGCAAACGCAGGGACUGCGAGAGAGAGGCGUCUGUGGAGAGGGAGCCGAGAAAGAGGAGCCGGAGCAGGGAGAGGAAAAAAUAGAUCAUGUGGGAGGCAAACACAACCUCUCGUCUCUUCUGUUGUUCCUUUUGUUCUCGAGAAC